CUGUUGCAACAACAAGGCAGUGGAGUACGCCACUGCUGCACGCAACAACAAGGCAACAACGCAGCCAAACAUCUCACCUGCUGAAAAUCUUGUGACCCGCGGCUACCCGCUAGCCCCCGCCCGCCGGAGUCGCCGCCGCGAUGCCCGCCCGAUCCGCCGGGGCCAUCGGGCUCCUCCUCGUCCUCCUGUCCGCCGUCGCGGUCGCCGCCGCCGCCGGGGAGGGGAAUUGGCGGGAGGAGCAGGCGCGGGACCGGGUGCCGCGGGUGCCGGGGCAGGCCUUCGACACCAGCUACGCGCACUACGCCGGGUACGUCACCGUCAGCGAGCCGCGGGGCGCCGCGCUCUUCUAUUGGUUCUUCGAGGCCGAGAAGGACCCGGGGUCCAAGCCCCUCGUGCUCUGGCUCAACGGAGGGCCUGGAUGCUCGUCCAUUGCCUAUGGACUUGGAGAAGAAGUGGGACCUUUCCAUGUUAAUGCUGAUGGAAAGGGGGUACACGUGAAUCCUUAUUCUUGGAACAAAGUUGCAAAUUUAUUGUUUGUUGAUUCACCUGUUGGUGUUGGUUACUCAUACUCAAACACCUCUGAUGAUAUUUUAAGAAAUGGGGAUGCGAGGACUGCCAAGGAUUCUUUGGCGUUCUUACUGAAGUGGCUUGAACGCUUUCCUCAGUACAAGGGGCGUGAAUUUUAUUUGACUGGAGAGAGCUAUGCUGGUCACUAUGUUCCUCAACUGGCUCAAGCCAUAAAAAGGUACCAUGAGGCGACGGGCAACAAAUCGAUUAAUUUAAAGGGCUACAUGGUUGGAAAUGCUCUCACUGAUGACUUCCAUGACCACUAUGGAAUAUUUCAAUUCAUGUGGACUACUGGCUUGAUCUCUGAUCAAACAUACAAGCUGCUGAACAUUUUCUGUGACUUCGAGUCCUUUGUGCAUACGUCUAAACAGUGUGACAAGAUUCUUGAUAUUGCUAGCAAGGAAGCUGGAAACAUUGAUUCAUAUAGCAUCUUCACACCUACAUGCCAUGCAACUUUUGCCUCCUCAAAGAACAAAGUGAUGAAAAGGCUACGUUCUGUUGGAAAAAUGGGAGAGCAGUACGACCCAUGCACUGAAAAGCAUUCAACUGUGUACUUCAAUCUAGCUGAGGUCCAAAAGGCACUUCAUGUUAAUCCAGUGAUUGGAAAAUCAAAAUGGGAGACAUGCAGUGGAGUUGUUAAUAAUCAUUGGGGGGACUGCGAAAGAUCUGUGCUGCAUAUCUAUCAUGAACUUAUACAGUAUGGCCUUCGUAUAUGGGUGUUCAGUGGAGAUACAGAUGCAGUGAUUCCUGUGACAUCAACUAGAUAUAGCAUUGAUGCUCUGAAGCUUCCAACAGUAACUCCAUGGCAUGCUUGGUACGACGAUAAUGGAGAGGUUGGUGGCUGGAGUCAAGGGUACGAGGGACUCACCUUUGUGACUGUUAGGGGUGCAGGCCAUGAAGUUCCUCUUCAUCGGCCCAAACAGGCUCUCACACUCAUCAAAUCAUUCUUGGCUGGGACUCCAAUGCCUGUGCAAUCCAGUGCCCACAGCGACAUGUAACCUGUACUGCUACAACUGAUUCAAGACAUGGCCAUCAUCAAAGUUCCAUCUCAGCCAAGUCAGUCACUUGUUUGAACCCCACUUGUUCUGCAACUUGCUAUAGCUGUUUAUGUAUCCAAGCUACUGGUGCCACUGUGCGAGUUACCAUAGCCGUUUAUUUGUCGGGCUGUGCUGGUGCUUGGUACCAAUUAUCCCCUAAGAAAACUGGGGGAAAAACUGUGGAAUAGUUUUUGUUGCCACGGAACUGAAACAGCGUGUUGAACUGUUGAUGUUACUGCGAGCCUAAGAAUAAAUUUGCAUCAGUUUCACAGUACUGUAUUAGAAAACAUUGCAUCAGUCUUUUUUUAUGCACAAGGUGUGAUUUCUGAUGUUUGCAA